AUGGCUAGUCGUUCACUAAACAGUCACAAAGAUGACUUUCAACAACCAUUCACAUCAUAUCAAAUAGAGUUCUUUGCCGAAGACGAUAUCAUCACCAUCAUACCAAACUUUAGAAUGGAAAAGAUAGUCUUUUUAUCUGGUACAUAUGGACCUUUUGAACCUGCUUUGCCAACAGAUGUACCUCUUUGGUUGGCUAUUAACCUAAAGAAGAAAAAGAAGUGUAAAAUACAAUAUCCAUAUUGGUUAUCUAUUGGUAUGUUUGAAAUGAAUAGAUAUAUAUGUUAUAUUGAAUCUGAAGAUAUACUAAACUCUCUCUUUUGCCUCUUUAAAGAUAAUUUACAAGAGAAAUAUAAUAAUGAAAACAAAUCAGAGAUAAAGUUUCAAGAGAUGCAUCCACAUUAUAUAGAAAUAUCGAAUCUAGUAUUGUCGACAGCACCCGAUGAUUGUGUAGAGAAUGUAAAUGCAAUCAGAGGAUUGAUAGAAGAUAUUAGUAAUAGAAGACAAUCUAAAUUUAGCGAAACUAUGGUUAAAGCAUUACAAUCGGUCGAUGUCAAGUCACUUAGUUCAUUGUUGAUACAAAAUAUUACACAAAUUGAAAUCAAUCGAACAAGAGGUGUCAUUUGUUCAGGUUUCAAUCAUCUUCAAUCCAUUUCAAAGAUAGAUAACAUCAUUAUGAAUAUGACAACAACAUCACCAUUACAGAUAUUCUUUAGAGUAAAGGAUAGAGUAAAGAAAGGUGUCUUUACAGGAACAACAUUGGAUGAUUUAAAGUUAUUGUUUAUGCAAAAGUUCCCAGAGUUUCCUGGAGGUGUUGAUUGUCCUUUCUAUACAAUCGAUAAACACAAUGGAAAGGAAUCACUUUUAGAUGAUGUAUCAGUACUUCAACAAUUUCAAGAAAUACUUGUUAGACAUGAAAAUGAGGAAGAUACAAAGAAAAGAUCACCAGGAUAUACAGGAUUAGAUAAAGAAAAGAUAGUAUUGGUAAUGGUUGGAUUACCAGCUCGUGGAAAGACAUAUGUUGCAAGAAAGAUAUGUAGAAUGUUGAAUUGGAUGUUGGUACCUGCCAAGGUAUUCAAUGUCGGAGAAUAUAGAAGAUUGCGUAUUGGUGCUGGUCAACCACACGACUUUUUCGAUCCUUCCAAUCCAGAGGGUAUCAAGGCAAGACUUCACAUGGCAGUUGCUGCUCUAGACGAUAUGAUCUCGUGGCUACACAAUGGCGGAAGAGUUGGUAUCUAUGAUGCCACCAAUAGUACCAAAGAGAGAAGACAAUUGGUCCUCUCUCGAUGUACAAGAGAAAAGAUGAAUGUAUUAUUUGUAGAAUCAAUUUGUAAUGAUCAAGAUGUAAUAGAAGCAAAUAUAAAAGAAACAAAAUUAUUAUCUCCAGAUUAUCAAGGAGCAGAUUCAGCAAAAGCAGUACAAGAUUUUAGAGAAAGAAUUAAACAUUAUAACAAGGUUUAUGAAACGGUUGAAGGAAAUGAUUUACAAUAUAUUAAAUUAUUUGAUGUUGGUAAAAAGAUUGAAGUCAAUAACAUCACUGGUUACAUACCAAGUAGAAUCGUAUUCUUUUUGAUGAAUCUCCAUAUCCACAACCGUCCCAUUUGGUUGACAAGACAUGGUGAAAGUGAGUUUAAUGCAACCAAUAAGAUCGGUGGUGACUCUGAUUUGACAGAGCGUGGAGACAACUAUGCACAUCAACUUGCUGUCUGGAUCUCAGACUGGUGUUCAAAGGUGCGUGCCGAUGGAUACAAUGGAGAAGUGGUCGUUUGGACAUCGAGUUUAAAACGUGCCAUUAGAACCGCUCAAUACAUCUCUCAACCAAAGGUUGUAAUGAGAGCUCUCGAUGAAAUCGAUGCAGGUAUCUGUGAUGGUAUGACCUAUGAAGAAAUUCAAGAAAAAAUGCCAGAUGAAAGAGCUGCAAGAGAUUCUGAUAAAUUGCAAUAUCGAUAUCCAAGAGGUGAAAGUUAUGAAGAUGUUAUUCAAAGAUUGGAACCACUUUUAUUGGAAUUGGAAAGAACCAAAUUACCUGUACUUAUUGUCAGUCAUCAAGCUACUCUUAGAUGUCUAUACUCUUAUUUGACUGGACGUGUCAAAGAAGAAUGUCCAUUCUUAAAUAUCCCUCUUCACACUUUGAUUCAACUUACUCCAAAAGCUUAUGGUUGUGAAGAAAAAACAUUUAAAUUAUGUAAUUAA